UAGAAUAGAUACAAAGCAGGCACACAGGCGCGCAUGACCAGGUGAGUGGUGAACAAAAGACAGGCCUGGGCUAGUGGUCAAGGCAUUGGAGCGAGACACGGUUCACCAUGUUUACCAGAAUAUGUGCAUUACUACCAUUUAUAGUGCUAUUCUCGGAAAAUCCCAAAUGGAAUCAAGCGGCCAAAAUCGCCGUGAAUUUUGAUUGUGCGGUAAUGGCGGCCUUUGUCUCGUACCAAGCUGGUUCUGGAACAUUUAACCCCACCGAGGGUCGUAUCUACGUCGACGGUUAUUACGAUGAUAUUGACUGCUACAGAGACUUCCCACCUUGGGAUCUAAACAUUAUCUUUAAUACUUGUGGGGUUCGUGAGGGCGUAAAUUUCACGGUGAUAUUCCUCCAUGAUAAGGACUACUUUCUGGCUACCAUCGACGAAGCACAGGUUUUCAGAUGUAAACCGGACGUAUACGAAACAGCUCUUCAUAACGUAACUGCAUACGUACCCGCUGGCGAGAUUAUACCCAUCAUUGGCCAAGUAGCGAAUGUCCCAGGAUUCAACGUGUCUGUUACCAUGGUUUUAAAGAGAACAAACGACAGUUCGGUUAUUGGCGUCAACAGCCAGCCAGUAACAUUGGGGCAGAACGUUACCAUGGAGCUGAGCGUCACCCAAAACGACAAAGUCAAAAUCAAAGCUUCACACUGCUGGGCUGCGGGUAUCAUUAAAAACAAUACAUGGAAAACUCUGGAUCUGGUCACAGGGGGUUGUCCCGCAGUUCGGUUCUUCAGCGGGUUCACCCAGGACCCCGUGGACAAUCACCUGACGGCAACGUUCCCAAUGUUUCUGAUCACACCUCGCCAUGACACCAACAGGUCCACUGGUUUCUUCUGCACCGUCACGGCGUGUAGCGUGGACAGCGGAGAUGCUGAAUGCUCUGAAUCGGCAUGUUCGGAAAAUGAACCUGGUUGGGGAAAACGAAGGAAAAGGUUGGCUGGGAAUAUGGAUGGCAAUCAAAGGCCAUCCGAUCAAGUUGCUUUAGGUUAUUUUGUCGAUGUUAUUGUGGAGUCAAAGAAUUCCAAAGCGGAGCCUUCUGUUGUAAAGUUCAACCACGUGUUUACGGAUGAAAGCGUGUCAACUUUUCAUGAUAAGUUCUGUUUCAACUCCGUUAUGUUCAUUGCUGUUGCCAGUGUGAUGUUUCUUGCAGUUGUCAUUCUCUGUGGACUCCCUAUCUGUUUCUUUGUUUACAUGCAACGGUACAGAAAGUACAAAACCAAAAUGGAAACUAAAACUGCAAAAUGAGAGAACUCAAGGCGGAUGCCAAACUCGUGUAUUUGACAUUGCCAGAAAGUUGCACACUUGCCAUUUUACUAUUGGGCCUAAGUACCAUGCAACCAUGCUUCACUGUGUUAUUUAUGUGACAGAGAG